AUGAUAUCCUCAAAACAAAAUGCCGCUGACAGUGAUGAAAUAUGUAAGAAAGAUGAAGGUAAACUUGCUUACAUCCCCAAUAAAGCAGCCCUUGAGGUUGUUAUGGCCUUAAUGGACGCAUCAGGUGACAGUGGUGUUGCUUAUGUUGGCUACACAAAGUUCGACGCUAAUAAUUUGGAUAUACAAGGCACUGGUCACCUACAGUCAUGGUACGUGUGGGACAGUGGUCAGCCAGGAGGGACUGAUCAGGAAUGUAUCGGGGUGUUUGACUACACAAGGAAAUGGCACGAUUAUUACUGUACCCAGGACACAAUAGCAGUGUGCUCCACACCUUUCGUGCCAACAACUGUCCCUACAACAGAAAUCACAACAGAUCUCUCGACAACGGAAAGCACAACAGUUGUCACUACUGAAGCCACCACCGUCAUCGACACCACUACAUGUCAUUGUGAUUGUGAUGACAGUCCUAGUUUUGACAUCUACCCUGUCGUCAACAUCACUGAGGAGCUACAGGCACAACUUGACACCCUGAGGAAGGAAACGAAAGUAAAUGAAGAGAUGCUAUCGUCGACGAUAAGGAAGAGGACUAGUGUCAGAGACCCUCGACCCUCCUCUGCCUACGUGGGGUACUUAGGCAUAGGGCUUCUCACUCUGAUAUUCGGCGGAAUUUUUGUGCUGGACCUACCGAGAGUCAUCAUAGUGUUUAAAACAUUGUUUUAAUAUUAGACAUGCUUGCCCUGCCUUUCUUUUUCUUUCGAGAAAUGCAUUCUUAAUGUUAGUGUACUAGAUUUAAAAACGGACAAAUAGCUAUACUUUAAGUAGGUCAUAUUCAUUA